UAUAUUUGCUAGAUCGCAGUUCCUAUAAUACAGAGCGCAUGCGUGGUUCGCCAGUCAGUCAGUCAGUGCGAGUUUACAGAAUGGCGGACCUAGGGAAAGACUACGCUGCAAACGGUUCUGAUCCCAAGAACAUUCAGGAUUUGACCACAUUUGUGCAGAACCUACUCCAACAGAUGCAGGACAAGUUCCAGGUCAUGUCAGAUCAGAUCAUCACAAGAAUUGAUGAUAUGGGAAACCGCAUCGAUGACCUUGAGAAGAAUAUUGCUGACCUGAUGACCCAAGCUGGAGUUGAGGAUGGUCGUGUGUGAUGAAGUCAUGGAGGAUGUCAUCGCAAUGAAGUCACUUCUUUCAAUACAAUGGCUGUGACAGUCUCCUUGUAAUGGAGACAUGUGUUGUAGGAGGCCUUUCGUAGAUGUGUCAUGUGGUGUGUGGAAACUUGCCUAGCCCAUGGAAUUAAUGUUCACCAGUCCGUCCAAGGAUGGGAGGCUUUGAUUACACCAAACCAUUUUAGUGUCUCUUCUGAUUCAUGACUUUCAUUCUCAUUAGGAGUCAACAUCAAAAUCAUUACAAACUGAUGCACAGGCAUUUCAAAAGCAUUCCAUUGUUACUUAUAUUGUGUAUCAAACUUUCACAGAUGAUUUCGUAUAUGUAGGAUGCUAACGUCUAGUUUGUUUUGAAAUUAAAGCAUAAAAGAGAUAAUUUGUCCUUAAUUUGAAUCAUGAAAAUGUUGAUAUUUGUAACAUGUGUACUAAGUGUAUAUGUAAUAAAACAAUCAUAUUUACAA